GUGCCUAAUAUCGUGACAAACUCACGUUAUCUCGUAAAAUCUAUCUUCUGCUUUAUAUAGCCUGCUUUUCCCCAAAUCUCGAUGGAUACUCAGUCAUGCUGAAAUCGGUCUGCUUAAUAUCAGCUUCAGUGUCGUCAUAGUAAGAUCCGCUGAGCCAUGUAAGAUGCCAGAUGGUUCUAUGCUCGCCUUUUGGUUGACAACGUGCAGCCGAAGGGCUCAUCAGCAAUUAAUUCGAGUGAAUUAUCCAUCAUCCUUCUUGUCAUUUGUACGAACUAUUGGAUCUCAUAGUGACCAGAGAUCUAUGAGGACAUCUCCUAUGGAUAAUAUCAUCUGGCCGUCGGGGUAAUUAUCUCGACAUCCCAGGAAGUCAGUCCUAGGUGAGAUGACUUUGCACAGCCACAAAGCGUUGGGUUGUGGCAGAGAGUGUGGCAGUGAAUGGUGUCCUCAACCGUGUCAAGUCAAAUCUGCCUUGUCAAGCCCAGCCCUACCCGUUUGAUCCAGUCCUACACUCCACACACGCCAAAAGCUCCCUCCCAAGCCAACAAGCGUAAGCGCAGAAUAGGACGGUCAGGACAGUGCCAGUGCCAGUGCUCAGUGGCAUUCGCUUCGUACCGUCUCGUCCCGCCCGCUCCCGCUUCUUUCUAUCCUUUCUUGAGUAGAAUGAAUCGCCCUCGUUCUCCGUUUUUGGAUCAUCCCCUCAGCCUUCAGGCAGCGAAUAACUAAAUCGCUGUAUGACUCGACCCCGAUUCAGUCUUGUUCCUCGUGGAGUCUGAGACGAGACUAUACGCUAUCAGCAGGCCUGUCCCUGAACCUGUCCUGACCUGGGCUGAAAGUUGUCUUUUCAACCCUCCCAGAAGAUCACGCCCAUCGUGUCCUGUCCUUCUGAUGUGCCCUGUUCAUCCUCUUAAAACAGGGCUCGUUGAGGGUCAAAUUUACUACUGAUCUUGGCUUUUGUUUCUGUUCCUGCAUCUCCUACAUUACAUUCCCAUCCUAUCCAUACAAGCUAAGGCCUGAUUGCUGCAUCUAAUAAUACCUAGCCACAACCCACUCUUCCCCAGCUCCUAUUAAACCCUUCCACUCCCACUCUCUCCCCGCCUCGGUUCGCCUUGUGUCGUACUGUACAUACAUUCUUGGAGUGCAUCGCCUCACAAGCGCAGCACAGAGUAGCCUGCCUGGAAUCAAUUACAGUCAGCCCCUCAUAUUACUCAUACAUUCAUAUUCAUUCACAACUACAUUACACUUUUCAGCCUGGCGCAACAUCAAUCGUAUCUCGCUACGCAACGCAACACCGCACGGAUUGCUUUUCUACGUAGCAAUCACACAAACUCUAUCAAUUACUAUAGACAUUCUGUUCAGCCUGCCAUCCAUUCGUUUGCGUUUGGUUGGUUAGCAUCUGAGGUAAACUCUUGCCUGGUCCUUCUGCCUGGUCCACCCACCGCUUUACGCCUUGGUUGCUUACCAACUUCACGUAUGAAGCAGAGAUAGCCAAACUUAUGGCAGAACCUAGGCUCGGGCUCUCUGAGGUUGUCUCAGAAGAGCGCACCGAGCCAUUUUCUCAAUCCGAAAUUGACGCCCGCUUCAAGGGGAUUGGUGUUGAAGAACCAGUCCCUAUUACUAGCUCUUCGCUUGUCUCGUUAGACGAGCUCCACGUCGAGGAUCACCACCACAGGCAAGGCAUCCGCAUUCUAUUUCGUCCCCUAGCCAACUUCCCCAAGUCGCGGUCUGUGAGCCCUGGUAGUGAAAGUUUACAGUGGCUCGCUCUCCGCGCCGAAGUUGCUUCACCAGAGCAGCCUGAGCACAAAGUUCUCGCUGUGACUCAGACCUCCAAAGAUAUCAAAUUCACCGUCCGUAUCCCCGGUGAGACUCAAGAUGACUACCCAAGGCCCCCUUUGUGGUGCGAGCUAUACUACGAUCCCGCUAGUGACAAAGUCAUCUUCUUGAACCGGUCAGACCUACCAAUUUCUCUGUCAGGAGUGUCGCCGACGCCGCCGUCGAGCCCUUACAGUCCUUCACAUGUCGUCAACCCCGGGUCAGCCAAGGCUCUGAGGCCUGGAACAUGGCGCAUCACGCUUCGAGACAUGGAAGUCCUCGACUUCCGAGUACUUGAAAAGCGCCCGGUGAUACUGUAUCAACCACAGCAACAGACUAUUGUCGAAGAUGUUCCCUCAGAGUCCAGCACCCCCACCGUGAACUCGAGCGGCAAGCGGGCCCUUUCUCCGGAGCAUGACGAGAAGAGAGUGAAACGUCGUGUCUCAGACCCGAAUACACCCGGUGACGACGGUGUUGUUAUGUUCCUCAGGCCUUCCGCAGAUCCCUUGGUUUUCUCUCUUCCAAAUGGUCGCGAGAGCAAGGAGCUCUCCUCUGUGAAUGGCCAUCCUCUGCUGGACGCUGAAAAGGGUGAAACUGCUGCAAUCUCAGGUGUCUGCGAAGUCGAUGAGUACGAACUCACCAAGCGAGAGCCAAUUGCUUCGACUUCCUUGUCUGCCGUGUACACAGCAACACACUCCCACGUACCGAACAACAUCGUUACUGUCAAGGUACUCAAGACGCGCGUUGCCAACCCCAAUGACAAGGCGCUCGUCCACGAGCGGACUGUCAUCCGUCAGGCCGACAUGUGGCUUCGUGAGUGUAGGGGUCAGGAAGACCUGCAGCACAAGUCAAUUGUUCGCUACUAUGGUGGUGAUGCCCGAUUCCUUUCCCUAUAUAUGGAGCACAUCGACGCGAAGGAUCUAACUUCCAUGCCUCGAUGGCGGAACAAUACCAACGAUGAGUUCAUUGGCGACAGAAACGACGCAGCCAGAAUCUUGGGAGACAUCGCUGGCGCCCUCAACUACAUCCACGGUCGCAAGCUGGUGCAUAACGAUAUCAAGCCCGCCAAUAUCCUCUACUCGCCGGAGAGAGGUGCGGUCCUUUGCGAUUUUGGUCUCUCUACACCGGCCACUGCUACUAAUUCGCCGACCGUUGGCGGAACACCGUACUACGUUCCUCCGGAAUUCAUUGGGCGAAAACAACGCGGACCUGCUUCUGACGUCUGGGCACUCGGUGUCACUAUGCUCUACGUGUUGCGCAAAAUAACGUACCCUGACUCUCGUGCUCAUCGACGACACCCGCGACCCCUUUAUUGGUUGAUCGCUGGGGUGAACAGUCCCAACAUGCCGCACAAGCAGUAUGGAAAUGGCCAACCCGCUAUGAAGCAGAUGCGAGAUUGGCUUGCCGAGAUCUUCGAUGCGAGAAAGAGUCUGAAUCCCAAGGAUCGACUCGAGCGGAUCGUUAUGGAGAUGCUAUACCCUAACCCCAACCAGCGUAUCACUAUGGCCAAAGUGGUACAAGAGUUGGCUGUCGAACAGGUUGCUGCUCCUGCGGGAUGAAGCCCGUGUAAGGAGUCGCGACUGUUAUCAACCAUAUGUGAGAGGAUCUCACAAGAAUAAUCAAUUGGUCAUUGCCUGUCUUUUGUUUUCUGAUUCCAGGACUGGAGUUUGGCGUUUUAGCGUUACAUGCUGAAUUUAUAUGAGUGGGAUGAUUGGAUAUACCCUGUUAUUAUUCCUUACGUUUUACUGCAAUUAUUGUUUCUAUAUAUUAUACCAAUUGCAUGUUCAUUUUCCUUUUCUUCAAUCAUGCAAGUAAUCAUAUACGGGGUCUGGAAGCAUCUUUGGGGUUCCAAUGGAUCAACAAUAAAAGGCUCCUAGUAGCCAGCCUGUAAUUGCAGGCUGGCCAUGUCAAUGGCAUAUUUGUUCCACAUUUGAACAGUCAGAAGUUUGAAAGGCCGUGAAUUUUCUACCGUGACUACUGGUUACACAUUGAAAUACUCGUGUCUCAUAAGGUCAUCCAUCUAUAGGCCCAAGCCCAUCACAAAAGCGGCAGCAAGACCCACGACAGAGGUCAUAACCAUCGUGUUCACACCCAUGGUGCCAGCGGCGUUGUCCUUGCUGUCUCCAGAAGAUGUAGAGUUGGAAGAGCUAUCUUCCUCAGUUCCGUUGCCCUUCUGCUGCUUGAUCUUGACAUAGUCCACAUCGCCAGUUUUGUUGCUAGGUCCCUUGGCAUUCUCCUUGAAGCGGAUAUCCGCACAGUUGUACAGGGCAUUGCCAGUGUCACCAACCGUAACAACCUGGAUACUAGCGAUGUCUCCGUCCUUGGGCUUGACGUCUGACGGUAGCUCAAGCUUGUCGAUGAAUAGAGUGCCCGAGUUUGUGGCGUUGAGGAACUCUGGGGUGAGGGAGAUGUUGAAGUUGGUGGAGUUCUCGCCGAGGCCAAGGUUGACGAAGAUGUAGGACCAUUCGUGGUGAAGAUCAAGGGUGAGAGCACCACCGUCGAGGGGCCAGUCAGUGAGGUUCUUCUUAUUGAAGUCAACACGAGCACCUAUUGUUUGUUAGUAGAGUAUGCGAUCACAGGAUAUGAAAUAUCUUACAGGGUUGCUCCCACUGGUUGUAGCGCUCCUCGCCCUCCUCACUGAGGGUGUCCGCUCGCCAAGGAGGGAAGACAAGACCGAAGUGGGCAGAGACAGCCUGGACAGUAGCCAGGCCGAGAAGAGUCUUGAAGGCCAGCAUCUUGAUUGUUGAGGUGGCAAGUGUGUUACGGUGGAGGAGAGGGUGAGUAACGACAAAUGGAAGCACAGCAGGCGCUUCAGCUGUCUUUAUAUGCACAAAGCAGCAGCUCAGUCAUUCCAGGGUCCAGCUCAUGUAACCGAGCUCUAGCUCUCUGCAUCUGGAAGCUGCUCUCAACCAAGCAAUUGUUGACUUAGCGUGAGUCAGUUUCGCAGGGUUGUGGCUGACUUCGCGUGAUAGCCACUGCUGUGUCACUGGCAGCUUUACCGUUGAAGAAGCCGGUGUCUCCCCCGGACACUCGGGGGUUGGUGUGGAUGUUGGGGCUGCAGGUGGCCGGUUGAAAACGGUCUUUGACCGGAGCAUGCUAUAUAGAUGUAUCUGCAGUGUGAACGUUGAUAAAUUCAGUC